AUGGCUGGCGGUAAAGGAAAAUCCAUCGGUGGAAAGGGCGCCCCUGGCAAGGAUGCGGCGGGGAAGAAUCAAAAGUCUCACAGCGCAAAGGCUGGCUUGCAGUUCCCAUGCGGUCGUGUCAAGCGUUUCCUCAAGAACAACACACAAAACAAGAUGCGCGUUGGUGCCAAAGCUGCCGUCUAUGUCACAGCCGUCCUUGAGUACCUAACCGCCGAAGUCCUCGAGCUGGCAGGCAACGCAGCCAAGGACCUCAAAGUCAAGCGUAUCACACCGCGUCAUUUGCAACUCGCCAUUCGCGGUGACGAAGAACUCGACACUCUGAUCCGCGCCACCAUCGCCUUUGGUGGUGUGCUGCCUCGUAUCAACCGCGCGCUGUUGCUCAAGGUCGAACAAAAGAAGAAGGGCAAGAUUGAUUCUUAA